GUGGUGAUGGUGGUGCCACCUCCCGAUCUCAGUCGUCCCAUAAUCUUAUCACCAUUCUCUCUCCUUCGCUUCUGCGUUUAAGCUGAUAAAAGCCGUUAGUCCUUAAACAGCCCCUCAUCCUCAAAACGCCGUCGUUUCAGCUAUGGCGUUGAGCUCAGCUACUCUUAAACUUGCCUCCUUAUCAUUCUCGGCGAAGAAGACCAAUCGAAAUCCGUCUCUCUCAUUCACCAUCACCUGCUCAUCAUCCUUCGACGAGCCACCUAAACCUUCGCUCACCUCUUCUUCUACUCCUAAUCGCGUCUCCUCGAGCUCCGCCCCGAAAGCUCGAUUCGUCGCUCGUCAGAAACAAUCCGUCUCCGUUCGCCAGCUCCAACGACCUCUAAUUGAGUAUAUGAGCUUACCUGCGAGUCAGUACUCGGUGCUAGACGCGGAGAGGAUUGUGAGAGUUGAUGAUAACACGUUCAGAUGCUAUGUUUACACCUUCAAGUUCUUCAACUUCGAAGUCUGCCCGGUGCUGCUCGUCAGGGUCGAAGAGCAGCCUAACGGCUGCUGCAUCAAGCUCUUAUCCUGCAAGCUUGAGGGAUCUCCUGUUGUUGUUGCCCAAAAUGAUAAAUUUGAUGCUUCUAUGGUGAACCGGGUAUCAUGUGAUGGGACUCAGGAGGGGUCAUCAGAGCAACAGAUUACUUCAGACGCAGUCAUUGAGGUCAACAUCGAGAUUCCUUUUGCAUUUAGAGUCUUCCCAGUGGGAGCAAUAGAAGCGACGGGGACACAAGUUCUUGACCAGAUUCUUAGACUCAUGCUACCACGAUUCUUGUCUCAGCUCUCGAAAGACUAUCAAGCAUGGGCUUCUGGAGACACUUCAAGGCAACCUCUUGGGACCGGCGAGAUCUGAUAGUAAAGCAAAAGAUCGACCUUACCUGGUUCAGAGAAACUUAUGCCUCCUGGAGACUGGAGUUUAGCAAAUUCUCGAUCAUUUUAAAAUGUUUUAUUUGGUUAAUACGACGACAAAUGAAUUUGUAUUCUCUGGAAUAACUCUUAAACCUUCUCUAUAGAAAUGCUUGUUUGUUUUGUUUGUUC